GGGAGCGGCCCGGCUCCUCAUGAACCGGCUCUACUUUAAUCACUAUGAGAUUGUGUAAUGGGGAAGCAGCGCCCUCUGGCGCCGCGACACGGAGCUGCGCUUCUGCGCAACAGGUGAGACGCAGGUAACGCGGAAACGAGACCAAACGAAAGCACAGGCGCAGUGAUGGCUCAGCAGGACCUGCAGCAGGACUUUCAGAACCAGUUUAACGAUGUCGUGAGCAGACUGCAGUCUAAGCAGCUCUUCCAAUCGGACUGGGACAUUGCUUCCUUUGCCAUCUUCUUCAUUUUUAUAGGUAUGGUGCUGCUGCUGGUCAUUCUGGUUAUCAUUCGAUGCUGCUGCUGUUGCUGCUGCGAUGAAAAGCCCAAAAGACGUAAAGUGGGCAUCGACAACAUGGGACUGGAACCAUAAAGACCAGGAUUAGUAUCAGGAUCAGAGUCAAAUCAACUUCAACACUAUAUUUCAAUCAUACCACUUUAUUAACUAUUUUACUCUUGAAAUUGUGCCACAUAAUAAUGUGAAUGUUUCAAAAUGAGUUAUGAAUAAGGGGCAUAUGUAAACUGGAUGUAAACAGGCAGAGUUCUGAAAUGUAAAUAUUGUUAUGAAGGUGAACAAACACAUUUCCCAAAUCCUCUUCAUCAUCUUUCAGUUCAAUAAGGCAACAUUUUCUGCACUGUACGGCAUGCAGGGCAAAUAUUUACAGAGUUAAGUACUGUUUUCUUUUUCUCUGAGACUUUUAAUAUGUAAACAAAUCUAACACUUAUGUAAGCUGAUGUAAUCAGUCAUAGAAUUAUUUAUGAUUUAAUAAAAAAAACUCAUAAACCUC